UUCGCCUUUUGGCCAGGCGUUCAUUGCACGGGUUUAUAAGCAGAUGAACACCCAUGCCACUCGUAAACAGGUUGCACCGCUAUUAAAACGCAUCCUGGGGGGAUGAACGCCUAGGUUCUUCUCAAUCAGAUGUAGUGUUGGUCAGGGCUCCUACGAAUACAAGUGAUACCAUUACGUAAUUGCAGCUGCGGGGCUUCGUGGAAUGAUUGGACUCAGGGCUCACAGAAGUACUCCAGCACACCAUGGUUAAUCCACCAUCACGGCAGCAUAUUCUUCAUCUUUAUGGUUCCACUCUACGUGCAGCCAAGUCGUUUAGUUCCUACAAUUUUCGCAAUUAUUUUGUGCAGAGAACUCGAGAAAACUUUCGGAAUAUGCAGGCUGAACAGGAUCCCGGAAAGCUUUCUCAUGCGUACAACGAAGCUGUCAAGGAAUUGGCAGUCUUGAGGCGGAGUGCUAUGGUCAAUCAACUAUAUGGAGGACGGCGUCUCGCUGUGGAGGAGCAAAGUGAAGUCAGGGAGAGGGGUGAAAACUGACCGACACACUUGUGAUUCCUGAUAAUGGAAAAUCCCCGAAGACAUCUUACUCUGGUCGCCAGUGUGGAUGAUGCAGGACUUUUGAGCAUCUCAGAGUCCAGAAGCUCAUAGUCACUCCGGUCAACAGUCAACACUUGUCUCGUUU